AUGGCGCUAUACGGAAUCGAUCUUAGGCUCUUCCCGACGGUUUUCGAUGACGAUAAACUCUUCUCAUGGACCAACUCAAGUCUCCAACACGGUGUAAGGAUUCUUGCCCACCCCGAAAAUGAUCUUGCUCUCGAUCGUGCUAUAAGAAUGGUGUAUAAAGUGUUGCCGAAACCGAUAGACGCGAAACGCAAGGCUGAUGCGACGCAGUACUUUGUCGAUGCUCUUUGCCAACACUUGUUGAAGGAGGAGGAUCUGUUCAUGGACGAAACCCCGCCGGACAUCAGGUCGGAUAUCGAGAUUGACACUGCCGCGGAAGGGGAUUCAGAUGGGGUCGUUGAGGAUCCACCCGACAGUGAGGACGACUUCAUCAAAGGCAUAUGGUCCACUUCGGAAAAGCGAGGACUGGCCUCGAGUUUAAUACCAGAAACACCUCGUUCCAUUGUUGCUAGAGGCCGCAAGAAGCUAAGGAAGUUUUUCGAGAAUCUCGUCUCGCGGAGGCCUCGGCGCUGA